UGCAGGUUGAGCACCACAAAGAAAAAAAAAGACCAAGAACUAAGUAAAAUGUCAUGUCACCCAGCUGGUGGGUUUUCCAGUAAUAAAAGACGAUUAUUUUUAUGACUCGUGUAUGUCAUUAAUUGAAAUCGACCCACACGACGACGACCAAAUACAACCAUCGCUUAUCAGUCCUUAUCACGUCUUACAUUAACAAUAAACACAACAUAACCCAACUUUCAUCUGUCAAUGUCACUCAAUUGUAGGAUAAAUGUCUCUAAUCGAAGACGCGGUCGAAGCAGCCAAAAAAGCCGUCCAGUUCGACCAAGAGGGCAAAACCGAAGCUUCGAUCUACUACUACGAAGCCGCCUCAGCGCUCCUUGAACGCGCCGCAACUUCGCUUGACUCAGACAAGGCAAAAUCGUUCAAAACCAAAUCAAACGAGUACAAAAACCGGGCACUUGAGCUCCAAAAUGCCCGAAACACCGACCACAAGGUGGAAAGCGACACCAACAAGCAACAACUCCAGAAAGGCUACUUCCUCCUCCAGGAGGCCAUCGAAGAGGACGAAUCCGGGGACAAGUCCGACGCGAUCGAACUCUACGCCCAAGCCAUCGAAUUCAUCACCAAAAACCCCGACUUGAUGCAAGGCGAGCUCAAGCAACUGGCCCUCCAGGCCCUCGAACGCGCCGAGGCCCUCAAAGGCAUCAAGCACGAGCCAAAAGUGGGCAGAACCCCCGUGAGGGCGAAGCCCGACUUGCACCGCGGCUCCAGCGCGCAUUUGCAGGUCACAGGGGCCGACUCCUACACGCCGGAGGAGAAGGCCGUCCUGUGCCACACUUCCAACAUCAACAGCAGGGAAUAUGUCCCGUUCAUGACCGUUGAUCUGACCGAGAAAUUCCAGUACUCGAUUCCUUUCACUGACAAAGACGGCUUUCUGGCCCUGUCCCCGAAGCAAAAACGCGAGUUUUCGAGCUGGGUGCGCCCACAGGACUUGUGCACGGAGCCCUGUAUUGUGGACGGGGCGGCCCCCAAUUAUUUGAAUAUCAAACAAACGGUUAUUUCCGAUUGUUCGUUUGUUGCGAGUCUCGCAGUCAGCGCCUUGUAUGAGAAAAAGUUCGGGCGCAAAUUGGUCACUGCGAUUAUUUACCCGCAAAGGAGGGAUAAACAGCCGCGUUACAACCCCUUUGGGAAGUACAUGAUUAAGCUGCAUGUUAAUGGGGUUGCGAGAAAAGUUAUAAUCGAUGACUAUUUGCCGAUUAAUCGGUAUGGACAGUUGUUGUGUUCGUAUUCGAGCAAUAAGAGGGAAUUCUGGAUUUCGCUGCUUGAGAAGGCUUAUAUGAAGGUGAUGGGAGGGUACGACUUUCCAGGCAGUAAUAGUAACAUCGACUUGCACGCGCUCACCGGGUGGAUCCCCGAACGCACGGCGAUCCGUAAAAACGACCCCGAUUUCAACAAAGACGCCCUUUUUUCAACCCUUGAGUCGCGUUUAGCUAAAGGCGACGUUCUUGUGACUGUAGCCACAGGUGAAUUAUCUGAUGCCGACGCUGAACGUAGCGGUCUAGUCCCGACACAUGCUUACGCCGUCAUGGACGUCCGGACGGUAGACGGGGUGCGCCUCCUGAAACUGAAAAAUCCCUGGUCGCACCUACGGUGGCGUGGCCGUUACUCGGAACUGGAUAUUAAACGGUGGACCCCCGAGCUACAAAGGGAGCUCCAGUAUGACCCAAGCGGGGCUGCGCAGUUUGACAAUGGGGUUUUUUGGAUCGACUAUGAGAGUUUGUGUGCGUUUUUCGAUGUGUUUUACAUGAAUUGGAACCCAGAGUUGUUCAAAUAUACUUUUUGUAUACACCAGUCAUGGAACGCGGGCACUGGGCCUGUCAAAGACUUGUACACGAUUGGCUCCAACCCGCAGUUUUCCCUCGACGUGUCAAGUAAUGCGGGGGCUGUUUGGCUGCUCCUGACCCGUCAUAUCACCGAUAUUGACGAUUUUAGGGAAAAUCAGGAAUAUAUAACAGUUCUGGUGUACAAAAACGACGGGAAACGGGUGUAUUACCCGUACGACCCGCCCCCGUAUAUCGACGGCGUUAAAAUCAACAGCCCCCAUUAUUUGUGUAAAAUUAUACUGAGUCCCGGCAGUAGCACCAAAUACACCAUUGUUAUAUCACAGUAUGAGAAAACUUCGACUAUUUAUUACACUCUGAGGGCUUAUGCCACGUGUCCGUUCACAUUGCGCAAAAUUGCGGACCCUUUUAAAUACGAACAGGAGAUAACGGGCGAAUGGCGGGGUCUCACGGCUGGGGGGUGCCCCAAUCACCCCCUCACCUUCAAAAACAACCCCAAAUUUCGCCUGGAAAUUGAAGGUUCAAGUAAUAGGGUUUUUAUCGAGUUGAAGGGCCCCAAACAAUACCAGAUCGGGAUCGAGGUUGUGAUUUUGAAAGUCAGUGACGAUUCUGUCACGGCGCCCUUUCGCUCAAAGUCGUCAGGGGCUUACAGGUCGGGUUAUGUGAUACUAGAGCUGGAAAACAUACCGGCUGGGGUCCUCCAGAUCGUCCCGUCCACGUUUUUACCAUCACAGGAAGGCCCCUUUUUCCUCCUUGUGAAAGCGUCGGCACCAAUCCAGCUCACCAAGUUUUAA